AUGACCAGCGAAACCAGUGAAACGCCGAAGAGCCCGAUACGACCGAUGGCAUCCCUAGAACCAGUCACCGCCCCCGUAUCAACACCAAACCAACCUCCGAUAAUCAUGGAUAACACGUCGUUUCUUGGUGACCUAACAUCACUCAACACACCGAUUAGUGAAUUAUGGCGGCUAACACCGUCAUACUCCAUGUCGCCACCACAUGAGUUUUCAACGAGCAACCAGCAACUAGCGUCCGUUUUCACUCAAACAUCCACACCACCAACAAUCCAAUUUGCCGGCAGACCUAGCGCUUUUGCUCAGAAAUCUAUAUCGCCAACACUCCAAGCUGUCGGUGGACCUAGAUCUUUUUCUCAGAAAUCCAUACCGCCAAUAAUCCAAGCUGUCGACGGACCCAACACUUUUGCUCAAACAUUCACGCCGCUCGUAAACCAAGCUACCGGCGGACCCAGCGCCUUUGUUCAAACAUCCUUACCACCAGUAAUCCAAGAUACUAGCGGAUACAGUGUUUUUUCUCAAACAUCGUUGAUAACUCAUACCACUUUUGGAUCGAACUCCCCCAGUCACACAUCUGCAUAUCUAAUGUUGGAGAUGACUAACACACUUCGCCCACCACUCCGGCAAUACUAG